AUCGAGUACAGACGGGCAGAACCGACCGCAUCGGCGGGUAAACACCCAGAAUCCAGGCUUAGGAUCGCGUACGACGUCUGAUCUCAUAUAAAGAUCGGAUAUUUCUGUGUAUGAAUCCUCCAAAAGAGAUCUCUUCCAGACGCUUGAAAUUCAGGUCAACACCAUGAUCCCUAGCCUAUAAAAAUACUCUGUUCCCGAGCAACCACUGGUCCACCUGGUUUAUUAAAGAGUAGUUAUUAAUAUCCCGGUCACCCUUUGCAAAAUGGCUAAGGUCCAGAACAAGCAUUCCCACCCCGAGAAGGACCAGACUCUCCUGAGAGUCCCGGUGAAGAGGCUGAUGCGAGAGCGGCCGAUGGAAGCCGCCCCUAUCAAGAAGCGCGUCAUGGCUGCCCUUAACCUGUCGUGCAAAAAGCUCCCCGAAAUAAAGACCGAGCUUGUGGAAAUGGACUCGCAGUUUCUUGGCUACCACCAGGUCUCCAGGGGAAAGGACGGGCGGGACGGUGCACUGGAUCUGAGCCCGGCCCUGAGGAACACUUUGGCCCAGUUUACUCUGAGCAGCCAGUGCUCUCUAGGCGGCCCUGCUGCAUUCUCCGGCCAGUACAGCCAGGAAAAGCUGGUCCCUUCUUUCGCCCAGGGCAACGUGGCAGUAGGACCCUUACUGGUGCCUCCAGACAGCUCGACGGAGCUUGUCCUUUGCAACCUGGAGGGUGAGUCCAUUUCCUGCUUCUCGGUGGGUGGCGAGCUGCGACUCUGCCUGCCCCAGGUCCUGAAUACUGUCUUGCGGGACUUCUCCCUGCAGCAGAUCAACGCCGUCUGUGACCAGCUCUACGUCUACUGCUCCCGCUGCAACGCUUCCCAGCUGCACGUCCUCAAAGUGCUGGGCGUCCUCCCGCCCGGGGCACCAUCCUGCGGCCUCAUAACGCUCACCGACGCCCAGCGGCUCUGCAACACCCUUCUUCACCCGGGAGACAACGUCUUACUCAAGGACCACAGAAUGGCGGACGAGGAGGACAGAGAGGCCGAGGACGCCGGCGGCUUCUGGGUGGAGCAUCAGUGCCUAGGGAAAUGCCAAGGCCUGUUCGUGCCUCGUCUGUACGCCGGUCCGGGCGCCCCGUGCAUCCGCUGCUUGCAGUGCCGGCAGCUUUUCUGCCCCCAGCGCUUCGUCAUGCACUCGCACCGGCAGCCCGACAAGCGCACGUGUCACUGGGGCUUCGACUCGGCCAAGUGGGCCUGCUACCUGCAGCUCGGGAGGAGGUACCUCGACACGGCCGACGAGGGAAAACUCAAGCAGCUACUGGAGGCGAUGAAACUGAAGUUCAGCGCACUUGCUUUGGACACCAAGCUGCAGCAUCUGGAAAGCGCUCAGCUAGAGGAGGGAUUAAAUCUCUGUUCGGGGAAAGAGAAACUCUGCGAGGGCAGCUUGGAGGGGAAGGCGGCAGCUUUUCCCGCCUAUGCGUACGAGCCCUGUCUGCUCGCCAACUUGAAGGAGGACCCCAGCCAACUCGAUCUCAUGUGGCAAAGCUGGUAUCUUUACAUGCACGACAAGAUGACCAGCUCCAGCACGGUCCCGGGUUCUGAGAAAGAUCCCGAGGCAUGGCAUGCGGACGCGCUCAAGCACGGAGGCAACCAGGACGUGAAAAAAUCAGCCCAGGAUGGACAGGACCUCGAGCCCAAAGCGCCCGCCGCCUCAGGGGUGAAGAAAACAAAAUGCUCGGGCAGCCAAUCGCAGCGCAACGGCGGCUUGGACGAGCGACCCAGAGUUUCCAUAGAAACGCCAGCAUGCGAGAAGGCUCCGAGCGGCGCGACGGAGGAGAACAAGGACAGCAUGGUGGUGGAGGUGCUUCAGAUGUACAACGCUCAACACGAGAAGCUGCAGUCCACGCUACUCAAGCAACAGCACCUGGAAAAGGAGCUGCAGGCUUUGCGCAAGGUUGAGACGGGCGAGCUGGAGGCGGCGCAGGCAGAGCACGCUCAGAAGCUGGGGGAGGUGCAGAUGGAGCACGCUCAGAGGCUGGGGGAGGUGCAGGAGGAGCAGCGGAGGCUGAAAUGUAGGCUGGAGCAACUGAGGCAGCAGCAGAGCUGCAGGUGCAAAGAGCUGCAGGGGGCCGAGCGGACGCAGGAGAGCCGCUACGCCGCGCAGCUCUUGGAGCUGCGUCAGAGGCUGGACCGAGCCGAGGAGGACCGCGAGGAGCUGCAGGAGGAGCUCCGCCGGGAGAGGGAGGCCAGGGAGAAGCUAGAGCGCAUCAUCGCCGAGCUUAAACAGCAGAUGAAGGACUCGGUACCUGCUCCGACGCUGGACAGCCCUCUGUCGAGCUCCUCCGGCGACGUGCUUAUGUCUCCUGCUCCGUAGACCACGGUCGCAGUGCAGAGCAGAGGUCGCAGGUCGUUAAAAAGAAAAACUCUGGCCUGGGAAUUUCGGACCGGGCUUCUGUACAGAAGAUGUUUUAUCGGCAACUAAAACAAAAGCAGCUAAACGAGCUACAAAUCGAUCGAUUUAUUUCACUCACAAAGAGCAUGACGUGUUCUUUGUAUGCAAAUUUCGUAUGCAUGCGUACACACCUCGCGCGGAGUGUGUGGGAGCUUCGGGACCGCCCGACCUGCACGCGUGUUCAACGUGCAGCAUCUUUUUAGUCAGUGCACUGACUACUGGUUUUAAAAAAAAAAGUGAGUAAAUACGUUUCUGGUUAGAAUCGUUUGCAAAAUUGUAAUGUGAUCUUGUUUAUGAACGUAUUUAUUGUUUUAUUGAUUAACGUUAACGUGAGCAGACGUUUGUAAUAAUACUAAACGCUUAAAGGUACGCUAAGACUUUUGUUUUAUUUUUCUCACCAUGACACGUUAUGACAUAGGAAUAGAAGAGCCAUGCUGCUCCACAUGGCAGCUUAAAGUGUACAUACACACAAUUUCAUUUUCCAUUGUCAUUAUCCGGAUCCAUCAGGGUCGUGGCUGAUCCGGCAGUUCAGUAACACACAGAGGUCGAGGUCCCUAGGGCAGUGGUCCCCAACCACCCGGCCAUCUAUUACCGGGCCGCACAGAAAGAGUAAAUGAUUAGAGAUCACUACAAGAGCAAAUUUCCAAUACUCUUCGGGUGUUGUUUUCGCUUAUCACCACUAGGUGGGAGCAGCGUCUCGUUGCAGCGUAAAAAGGAUGAUUUUUUUGAUAUUCCAGCUGCCCGAUUCAGAGCCCUAUACCUUUAUUGUACUAAAUUCUUCCUCCAUAUGUGUAUAUAUACACACACACUCAAACACACACACACACACACUUUGCAACCCAUACGUUUCUAAUGAGGAAGAAAUGAUGACAACAAGAAUAAACUGAUUCUGGAGUUGCGCUUAUAUGGGAUUACCUGCACUGUCCUGCACUGUACAUUCCACAUCAUUAAUACGUUUUUGCUUCCACACCACGUACCACAAGUUUUCCUUAGUGCACCUUUAAGACCUUUCUUUGCUAGAUGCUUUUAUAUUUUCCAUAUGUAUGCACAGUUCGAAUGUACAAAAUGUAUGCAUGUACGUAUGCUAAAUAAUAUUGAUAUGAAUAUGUUAACCAAGUUAAGUUUACACAGUUAUGAAUUAUAUAAAAUAGAUAUAUAAAAAAAAGAUUUCACUAUAUAGGCGUUUUGUAUAAACCAUUUCUUAUAAAUGUACAUCUGAGAUUUUCCUAUUCUCUGUGUAGCUUCAUUUCUUUUUAAACUUUUGACUUUUGAAGUUAUUAAGAUUAUUAAUCUUAUCUUGGUUAAAAACAAACAACAACAAAAAAAAAAAAAAUCUAAAUCUAAAGUUCUCUUUAUAUUGUCACCUUAUUUACUAUAGGAAUUUUAGUGACCCCUGUAUGACCUUCUGUUAUAGGCUUAGACGAACAGGGUUUAUUUUCAAUAUGCUAUACGAGAGCGACAGGACGUUCGUUUGCGAGAGAGAAAAAAAGCUGUAACAUUUCAUUGGACCGGGAGCUCUCAUCGACAAUCAGAGGGAACGUUUCCAACGCUUCCCCGAACAUGAACACUUCAGACGGAGCUGAUGACUUUGUUGCUACCUCAGAUGAAUCCAUAUAUAAGCUGUGUAUCGGUUUCCGACAGUAUGAACUGAAAGAAAUGAAGAUGGAGUAUUUUAGUAGGCUGAGCUCUAAUUACCUCUGUGCUGUUUCUAUGCUGCUUAUGGGCUAAGUGUUAUUGGCUUUUUCAUGAUGAGAGAUGCAUGUCUAAUAUUAAAUCUAUAUAAAUAUAUGAAUAUUAAAAAAAAGAGUUUUUCCCUUAUAAAUACGCUGUUUAUUUCUUAUCAUUACGUUAUCAUGUGUUUUCUUUUCCUUCCUUUUCAAUGCCGUUGUUUGUGUUUGGAUGGUAUGAGAUGCCGCCUGUAACUAAGACACUUUGGAUCAUGCUUACAUCUUUUGUAUGUCAUUGCAUCAGGAUUGACAUUCUAAUUUAUCAUUCUAAUGGGGUUAACAAUAAAAACGAUUUAGUGCACUAA